AUGGCUCCACCUUCGAAUCCAGUUGCGCAACAACCAUCCGAUCAAUACGAUAAUCCCUAUUACCUUCACAAUGCGGAUCACGCUGGGUUGAUUCUUGUUUCAGAUCGGUUAACCACUGGUGCAGACUUUCAUUCUUGGCGUCGUUCGAUGCGAAUGGCUCUCAAUGUCCGGAACAAGCUAGGGUUCAUCGAUGGUACCAUUCCUCAGCCAGCUUCUCAUCAUCGGGAUUUUGGUUCCUGGUCACGCUGCAACGACAUGAUUUCUACUUGGUUGAUGAAUUCAGACGAUGCGCCUCGUGUCUUUGAGAUUGAACAACGUUUGAGUGUAAUCCAGCAAGGUUCUUUGGAUGUCAAUGCUUAUUAUACUGAAUUGGAGGCACAUUCUUAUCCUAAUAUUGAGGAUGCUUUCGACAUGGUUACUCAAGAUGAGAGGAACAAGAAUAUCAAACCAGUUUCUAAGGGUGAGAGUGUAGUGUUUCUCAACUCGGGUCCUACUCCACAAUCAAUGUUGCCAUCUAGUGAUAAUGCUGUCUAUGGUGAAAACUCUGCUUUUGCGGUUCAGCAUAACUACUAUCGUCCUAGAGGUCCACGUCCUAUGUGCACACAUUGUGGUAUGGCCGGGCAUGUUAUUCAAAAGUGCUUCAAGCUACAUGGCUAUCCUCCAGGUUAUAUACCAGGUUAUAAGAGUAAUGGGGGCUACAGUCAACGUCCGUCUGUUCCAUCCUCGACUCAUCAGCCCAUAGGACAGUCUCCUUCAUUCAGGCCACAUACAAUAGCAAAUGUUAUGAGUGAGUAUGCUGCUGAUGGUACUUCUACAUAUGUACCUCCUCCGACUUCUACUGCUAUGAAUCUUAACAUUGGACAGAUGAGUAGUGACCAGAUUCAAUCAUUGAUUCAGCAACUUUCUGCGCGUGUGCGACUUCCAGAGCCUACAGCUCCUUCUCCACUUGCUUUAGUCCAAUCUGAACCAUCUACAUCAUCUAUUUUUAAUCCAUCUCCCGCCACUGUUACAGAACAUGGUGUUAUGGCUGUUCAGUCCUCAUCUGUCUCUGGAGUAAAUGUCUCUUUGCCUAAUGACACUAGAGUGGCAAUCACACACACGGGCAUUGUUCCUAUUACAUCAUCUUUAAUAUUGCAUGACGUUUUACAUGUUCCCUCGUUCAAAUUUAAUUUGAUUUCUGGCUUGACGAUUGGUAGAGGCAUAAUUCUACAUAAUCUCUACAUUCUUCAACUUGAUGUUCCAUCUACACAUAUAUCAUCUAUGCAUUUCUCUGGAUCCUUGUUAGCUGAUGGAGAUCUGUGGCACAAACGCCUAGGGCAUCCAUCAUCUGCCAAGUUACAAGAACUAUCCGGUACUCUGCCUAUUACUAAGUCUUCUCUGGCUAUUAGAACCGAUAAUGCUCCUGAGUUAGCUUUUACUGAUUUGGUACGAGAGCAUGGAUAUGCUUCCGGUUAUAAGGGCUAUAAAGUCUUGCAUUUGGACAGUAACUCUGUUUCUAUUUCUCGAAAUGUGAUUUUUCAUGAACACAUUUUUCCUUUUCUUGAUAAACCUGUGCCUCCUUCACCUGAUAUGUUUAGUAAAGUCAUUUGUCCAUUGCCUGUUCCUGUUGAUAUUGAUCGCAUUGACACCUUGCAUGAACAUACAAUACCAUCACCGUCAUCUGCAUUUCAUUUGCACAACACACACUCUAGUGGUCUAACAGGUGAAGAUGCGAUUACACCUACAAAGGCAGAAGUGGUUUCACUACCGAGAGCCAGGCCAAAACGAACGGCUAAGGUACCCAAUUACUUAUCUGAUUACCACUGUGCCUUGAUUCAACAUCAUUCAUCUCCUUCUCCUACUAUUUCUCUUCCAUCUUCUGCUAGUACAAAUACUAUUCUUGCUUCUUUUUCUAAACCUUUUACUACACCAUAUCCUCUUUCUUCAUACCUUUCUUACUCCCAACUCAAAAACCCUUUUCAGUCCAUUGUCCUUUCCGUUUCGCUUGAAACAGAACCAUCUUGUUUUAGCCAAGCUAUAAAAUCCAAAAAGUGGACUAGAGCUACGGAUGUGGAACUGGAGGCUAUGGAAAUUACUCAUACGUGGGAUGUUCUGUCUCUUCCUCCUGGUAAAAAUGUUGUUGGAUGUAAGUGGGUUUACACUAUUAAAUACCAUGCUGAUGGAAGUAUUGAGCGCUAUAAAGCUAGGUUGGUAGCAAAAGGAUUUACCCAACAGGAAGGGGUAGAUUAUUUUGACACCUUUUCACCUGUUGCUAAACUAGCUAGUGUCAAAUUAAUGCUUGGAAUUGCAGCUAAGAAAGGAUGGAGUCAUGCCUAG